AUGUCUCCGUUUCGCUAUCAGUCGCUCGGAGGGGGCUUGGAUAUGACUAGUGACGGAACUCGCCCGCAAAUGGAACCCUUGGGAAUGCGAGACAGCGAAAAGGGGGGUGCCGCCAGCGAUUUUACUGGCCUGGCCAUCCAAGCCGCCAGACAGCCGUGGACUUGGUCCGGCUCCGAUUUUGUCAACUCCCCAAACCCGGACUCGUUCGUCAUCCAUCUGGACAACGAAGACAUCAACGGGAUCGAAGAAGCCCUCGCCGGGUUCAAGAAACAGGAACUCGACGGAGACGAGGUCAACCGCAAUAACUUCCCCCUUCCGACGCUCCAGCAGCGACUCGAGCGCGCCGCAAUCGACAUCCACCAGGGAUGCGGCUUCUGCAUAGUCCGUGGCGUGGAUCCGACACGAUACUCUCCCGAGGACAACCUCCUCAUCUUCCUCGGAAUUGCAGACUAUAUCGGGGACAUCAGGGGGGUACAAGAUCGAAAGGGGAAUGUGAUUUCCCACAUCACCGACUCUAGCCUCUGGAAGGUAUCCCACUCUCUCCGCCAUGGGAUCCACACCAACGCAGACUUGCCCUUCCACAACGACAUGGGGACAGACCUCCUGGCCCUGCAAGUUCGACAAUGUGCGAAGAAAGGAGGAGACACAUACGUUGCAUCUGCCUCAAAGUUGUUUUGCGAACUCGUCGCCACCGAGCCGGAAGCCGCGCAGGCCUUGUUGAAGCCCAACUGGCCGAUCCAGAUCUCCGGCAACCCAGCCCGCCACGUCCUCGCGCCCCUGAUGCAGCACCACAACGGCAAGAUCAUGACCAGCCUCGACCCAGGCCGCCUAGGGCAGCACCCGACGACGACCACCACCACCACCACCACCACGGGCAACCCGGCACCGGCGCCGCGCCCCCCUUUCCGAUCCCACCCCCACGACCCUCCCCCCCCGACGCGCCGCCCAACCAACGCAACAGUCCCACCCCUAACACCGACCCAGCACCACGCCCUAGCCGCCCUCUCGGCCGCGGCGGCCAAGCACCGGCUCCGCCUCCCCUCGCGGCCGGGCGACGUCGUCUUCGUCAACAACUGGGCCCUGCUGCACGCGCGAGACUCGUACGUCGACGUCGACGACGACGGGGACGCCACGACGACGACGCGUCGCCACCUGCUGCGUCUGUGGCUGCGGAGCUCUCGCCUCGGCUGGGACGUCCCGGCCGCCAUGAGGGCGCCCUGGGAGGCGGCUUUCGGGGCCGCCGGGAGGGCCGGGCGGGUGAGGCUGUACCCGGUCGUGCCGGCGCCGGUGUAUAAGGUGCCCAAGUAUACUUCUGGGUCGGCGGCGUUUGUUAUUGAGGAGUCGGAUGGGGAAGGGGAGGGAGAGAUGGGGAUGGCGAGGAGUGAAGAGUGAAAAAAGAGGGGUUUGUGUACCAUGAGAAUGGGCCCUUUUUUUUACAAUCUCCGAGGCGGCAUGCUUAUUCUGCUUCAUUCCUGCCAGGUCGAGGGAGAUUCAUGGUCUCGGUUAGUCUUCUCUGUUGCUUUGCCACGUUUUCCCCUGUUGAAUUUGACAAUGCGUCGUUGUUGACAGCUCUGUGCUUUCCCGCCGUCUUUC